GAUGCCCACGUUUACUAGAACCGCAGCAAACGGUAUCAUUUCUCCAUCAAGCCCCAGCCUGCAAUUAACCGGAAACCACAUUUGUGGGCGUCUGGCCGCUUGGACAGUCACGACAAACGCUAAUCCACCACAACGCAGCUUACCCACCCCUCCUUCCCCCUUUCCUCGUAUUGUCCUCGUAAUCUACCUACGUCGCUGCCACCUCCAUUGUUACGGCAACCUACCAUCAAUAUGAUGGCGGUUUUGGUCUCGCGGAGCGUGCUGUGGAAAAUAUUAAUCGUGCUUGGGGAGGUUUGUUUUCGGGUUCAAGUAAUUCUGGCUACCCUUCUUUAUCAAUGCAUCAAGCAUUGGUCUACCGCUGAUCGUACUUUAGCAUGCCAGGGAGAUCCUCAAAUCUCAAUUUAUAUGCAUUUGGUCUUCGAUCGGCGCUCAUCUGAAAACAGGAAAUACGGAUGUCAUCCAACCGGUCAGACUGUCAGGAGCCUGUUUCAAGCCACCCACGCGGUACACCAAAAUCUACAUCACAUAUCUUACCUUCCUGAAGGCAUCAAAACCCCAUUCCAAUCAGUGUAUCUAAUGUCAAAUGCCAUGGUAAAUGUGUCCUGCUCAAACCCACCUCAUCUACUAUCCUCAACAACCUCCGCACAGUUUCCGUCGAGACCAUCUGCCGUACUAUCAAAAGAAAAGCCGCCUGGUCAAACAACAGCAUGGACGACGACUGGCUAUCCUCAAUAACCGAUACCAUGACAUGGCAAUGCUCCAGUGCCUUCGCCAAGCCUUCAAGCAGAAGGAGAAUGGACUCUCUUCUCUUCGAAUGUGUAACCUCUCAAUGAACGAGAGCGAUCUUGGACAUUCUCUCUUCCCUCUUUUCACACAGGACUCGGAUAUGCCGUGCCCCGCGACGGCCCACCACUUCAUCUCUAGCGGA